AACGCAGUCGAACCGUCUAAGUAACGGGACUUCGUCUACAAAAAGGAAAAGCUGUUGAAAAACGACAGCGCCCAAAACAAACUCAGGAAAUAAGUUAAUAGGACAUACACAGAAUUAAAAAAUGAAUUUAUUACCAAUAUUCUCGGAGGAGGAGGACUCCACCACAAUGAACUUUGACUUGUGCAACAAUUUCUUUAGCGAUCCUCUGUUCGAAAAUGAUGAAACGAUGCCCAGCAUUCGUAGUGAUUGUUUAAAGGACAAAAAUGAAAUAUUCUCCGACGGCAUUCCAUACAACUGGAGAGAGGAUGUGAAGCCGAGCAUUCUUAAUGCAGACCUCAUGUGGUCAGCGCCAGCGGGCUGCAACAAUGCGACAAAUAUGAAUGCAAAUGGCAACAACAGUGCCGCAUCCUCGUACAGUGAAACCAGCGCCAUGUCCUUUGCCGAGGUCUCUGGCUCAACGAAUCCCUACUCAACCUAUCAGCGUCCUCAGACGGGACAGACACAACAGCAGCAGCAGCAGCAGCAGCAGCAGCAGCAGCAGCAGCAACAACAACAGCAGCAGCAAGAUAACAACGAUGAUCAACUCCCAGUGAUUAUCAAGCUGGAACAGGCGGAAAUGGAUUAUACCUGUGCUGAGAAGCGUCGCCGUAUUAGGUAUUCCGAGACUCUGAAUGAAGACCAAUUGAUACCGCCGGGCACCAGUUUAUUGCGUAAAAGGAAUCCCCCAAUGUUGUCCAGUGUCUCGUCCUCCUCGUCCAGCAACCGCAAGGUGAGCGAGUUGAAGAACAGAAAAAUCCAGAGGCCAGACACUCCACACAGCCUCAACGAUGAGGUGGCGGCUGCCCCCGAAUUCCGACAUAAUGUUGAUCUGCGUGCCUGCGUGAUGGGCAGCAAUAAUAUCUCACUGACCAGUGAUGUGGAUGUGAUUAGCCAGAUCAGUGGUUAUUUGCUAAAUGCUGCCAAGGGACUGUUUCCAACCCGUUUUCCCAUUAACGAUAUGGACGAUGUCCUCGAUGUGCUCAAUCAGGAGGUUGAGUCCCAAUCUAAGCAGCAGCAUCAGCAGCAUCAGCAGCAACAACAGCAACAACAACAACAGCAGCAGCAGCAACAACAGUCUGCCAUCGAUAAAGUGGUCAGCAGCAGUACAGUGGCCUCACCGCCAACAACUAGCUCCGAUUGUGAUUCGGAUGAUGGCGAUUCUAAUCCCUAUGCCCGGUCGCGGCGCAAUCAAAGUAACAAAAUCAUCAGCAACAGUUACAGCAUGAUGUUGCACAGUGAUCACAGCUAUACGCGAUGCAAUGAAAUGGUUGAUGAUGGACCCAAUAUUGAGACGCCCUCCGAUUCCGAUGAGGAAAUCGAUGUGGUCUCCUACACGGACAAGAAGCUGCCCAAUAAUCCAUCGUGCCAGAUAAUGGGUGCUUUGCAAACAAAAAUGGCCCAUAAAAUAUCUGUGGAUCAGAAGAAGCCACGAUAUGGUAAUUACAAUCUACCAUAUACACCGGCCAGUAGUAGUCCUGUGAAAUCUGUGGCAAAUUCACGCUAUCCAUCGCCAUCGAGUACACCGUAUCAGAAUUGCUCAUCCGCCUCGCAAUCAUAUUCACCGCUGAGCGUUGAUUCAUCGAGCUCAAGCAGUUCGAGCUCGAGUACAAGCUCGAUAUCCUCUGGCUUGGUGGCAAAUACCACACAGAAGGGGCGUAAGCAUUAUUACCUGAAUGUGGCCACAGAUGGCAUUGGAUCGCGACGAAUCCUUCAAUCAUCAUCAUCAUCAUCCAUGAUGAGCAAAAAGUGUCGUGGCAAGAAGGCGGCAGCAGCAGCAGCAGCAGCAGCGGCGGCGGCAGCAGCAGCGGCAGCAGCAGGCAACAUUAGCAGCAGCAGCAGCAGCAUUAGCAGUUCCUCAUCAUCCACCGGCUCCGUAUCGCCCAUGGCCCAAUCCCAGCAACACAAUUGGCAACGCCAAAGCAGCUCAAACUCCAGUUCGAGCCUGGCCAAUAGCGGUCGAAAUGGUAACAAUAGCCAGUUUAGUUUGGAUGAGGCCGAUACGAUUGAGAAGCGUAAUCAGCACAAUGAUAUGGAGCGUCAGCGUCGCAUUGGCCUGAAGAACCUGUUCGAGGCACUCAAGAAGCAAAUACCAACCAUUCGGGACAAGGAGCGAGCGCCCAAGGUGAAUAUAUUGCGUGAGGCGGCCAAAUUAUGUGAGCAAUUGACUCGCGAGGAGCAGGAGCUCAGUUUGCAGCGUCAAAUGCUUAAGGAGAAGCUCAAACAGCAACAGGAACUUCUAGCCCGAUUCCGUAUGGUCAAAACCGAGCCGCUUCAGGCAACCAGCGGAUAGUAGUGAUGAUGAUGAUGAUGAAGGAUCAGGAAGGAGCAAGGAGCAGGUGUCCAAGCUCUGUGAUGAGCAGGUGAAGCUCUAGAAGCAGCAGGAGCUGUCAAGAGCAAGAAGCCUUGGAAUAGUAGUGAUUAUGAUAACUGAUUACUGAUCGUAAUGAUAUGACCCCUAGAGCGGCGGCGUUAGGUCGUAACUUUAACAUAUAUAUAUAUAUAACAUAUUUCCUUAUAAUAUUUUUCUUUUUUUUUUACUUCUAUAUUUCACUAUGAUCCACAGAGAUCUUAGAUAUAUUUGACCUUGACCUUAAACAUCUUAGGGUUUCUUUUCUUUUUUUUUUAAAUUUUGUUGUGGAACUUCAAUAUCAGUUAUAGGUAGGCUUUAUACAAUAUGUUUAUAACCAUUAUUUUGGGCUUGCUUCUUUUUUUUAAAUGUUGGUGAUUUAACAACAAAUUUGAUUUCUUUAAUGUGAUAUAUAUAUGAUUUUCUUCUUAACCUGCGAUUCGAUUUCGAAGAAGUAUGAUCGAAACAGAGAAAAACUAAGGAAAACUGCAUUUCCUUUUAUUAUUUUUGAUUUUUUUAUGGAAUCACGUUGAAGUGUGUUUUUUUCGUCGCUGCUAUAAUUAUUAGGCCUUAGCUAGUUAGUUUAGGUUUUCUGUAAAUAACAUAUAUAUAUAUUAAUAACAUGUAGGGUUUAUAUUAUAUAGCUAUUAUUUUUUAUAUAUUAUAUUAAAUUAGCUACUUAACCAUGAAGUAAACAAAAUGGAAAACAAAGCAAAAAACAAAAACGAAGAGAAAACAAACUACAAACAAACAAGGACAAAGAACCAAAACAAUGAAAAACAGAUAGAAACACGAAAUGAAAGGGAAAGCAGAGAUGGAAAUGGAGGAGAAAAUAUAUAUAUCUAUAUAUAAACAAAAAAGAAAAACAAAGAAAAACGGAUACGGAAAACAGACAAAAGUUACAACGAAAGAGCCACAAAGAGGAGUUUAGAGAGAGAGAGAGAGAGAGAAAGAGUUAGAGAGAAAGCCAGAGAAAGAGCACACAUAAGAUCGAAAUAAGAUCUAUAUUUUAUAGGAUUUAGUAUAGCUAAAAGUAGAACUUUUGGUUGCUAAAAACCC